AUGCCUCUUCUCUCUUCCCCACCAGCCUUGCUUUUGACCAUGUGGAGCCCACCAGCUGCAGUCCAGUUCACCCUUGAUGCCAACCCACUUACCACCACCGAAGCACUGCCGGGCAGGCCCACCAUUUCAAUCAGCCAGGACACUGCCAUAGAGCAGAGGGAACAGGUGACCCUCUGCUGUGACACCAAGGAUGCCAACGUUACCAUCCACUGGUUCUCCAACGAUCUCCCCCUGGUGUUCCAUGAGCGCGUGCUGCUGUCUACAGAUGGCAAGAAACUCACCAUCCUCACUGUGCAGCGGGAGGACUCUGCGACUUACAAAUGCAAAGCUCAGGGUUUCUACCAGGUCCAGAGCAGUGAUCCCACCUUCCUGACUGUAAACUACGGUCCUGACCCGUUUGAAAUCAAGUUGGAUUCUGGUGUAUCCAGCGGGGGGGUGGUUGAGGUGAUAGAAGGCUCCCAUGUGACCUUCUCUGCGGAACAGUCUCACCCACCUCCUGCCUAUUCCUGGUUUCUCAACAAUAACUUCACUCUGUCUUUCACCACGAGAACACUCACCAUCCAGGCUGUGUCCACGGAACAUGAAGGCACGUACAGGUGCUUGGUGUCCAACCGUGCCACCCAGCUGCUCCGCCUGGGUGCUCUUAAAGUCCGAGUCCUUGAAAUGCUGACCAAGCCUCACAUUGUGUCCCCAAGCCUAAAUCUCGUGGAAAGUGCCAGCUCCGUGGCCCUGACCUGCCAGACCUCCCACAAGGGGGCUGGAGUCCUGUGGUUCCUGAGGGGCCAGGCCCUCCUGCCUAGCAAGCACCUGGUGCUGUCGGCCGACAACAGGAGCCUGGUCAUCCACGGCCUCCAGCGAGACGACACAGGCCCCUACGAGUGUGAAGUCUGGCACUGGGGCAGCCAGGCACGAAGUGAGCCCCUCACGCUCACCAUCAGCUAUGGCCCCGAUCGAGUGGACAUCACCAGAGGGGCAGCGUCUGGGGUGGUCAGCACCAUCAGGGUGGAGCUCAACUCCAGCCUGACCCUGCAGUGUCAGGCGGAGUCCCAGCCGGGCGCCAAGUUUCACUGGACCCUUGAACACUCCACCACUGUGUAUAUGGGCAAGCACUUAAUCAUCGGGGCCCUGACCUGGGAACACCAGGGCAUCUACAACUGCACGGCCUCCAACCCGCUGACCCACCUGGCCCGCUCUGCCUCCGUCCUGGUCAGAAUGGUAGGUCCCAGAUCAUCCCUGUCUGCAAGAGUCAUUGCUGGCAUUGCUCUGGGGAUCUUGACUGUCAUUGGCCUAUCCACAGGGCUGGGCUAUUUCCUCUACAACAGAAACGCCAGACGGUUCUCAAGGAAAAAAGCAGAGGACCCCAUCCAGGAGGGAACAACACCCACCUCUGCGGAGGGGCCCCAUGCAGAGCCCUGUUCCACCCCAGGCUGGCACUCCCUUUCUCUAGACUGGCCAAGGCCCAUGUUUGCCAACUUACCUGGACCUCAAGGACAGGCUGGGGUCAAAACGGUGAUGUCACCAGACCCCCCCGAGCAGUUUUAUGAGCAGGAUCCACCAUCAGGAAACCCCAGGAACUCUUCUCAUGGCCCCAGAAAACCAAUGCCCAAAGUUGCAUUGGAUCCAUUGGUCCCUACUCUACCAAAAGGAAACACAGAGUCAAGCUAUGAGGUGCUUGUGAAUCCAGAACACAGCAUUUACUGCCAAGUGAACCCCUGAGUCUAAUGGAAGCAGAUUUCCUUUCUCCAGAAAUCCUAGAGGAAUCACGCUCAAUCACAUAUUCAAUGAAAUUUAUUGGGUGCCUAUUAUAUUCCAGCCAUUCUCUUUGUAGACCUUGUGACAUUCUGUUUUAAUGUGUUUUUCAAGCUCUGGACCCUAGCUCCCACCAAAUCUUGGGCUUUUGAUUCAUGUUUCUUUAAAAGCAAUAAAGACAGGGAGAAAGUGACCCAGAAUUAGCGGGCCAAGGUUCGAGACCCAGCAGCUGGAGAUGCCAUAGCUAUAUCACGAGGAUGGGCAAACACUGGGGAUGGACACAGCAGCCGGGUGUGGGGGGGUGUGAGCCAGCCAAAGAUGAGCAGGGGAUGUAUACAGGGGCCAGUCUUUUCAAAUCAUGGCAGAGGAUGAGAGACAAGGAGCUAUUAAGAGAUGAUGACAGGAAAAAACAGAAUGACACAGGAGACUGAGGCACCUGGGGGAGGAGCAGAUGCAAGAUGCUUAGAAUGCCAAGGGAUUUGGGGGUGGAGGUGGUGAGAGUCAGAUUUGGUGAAGACAGAGUGAGGAGUCAAGGACUCCUUUCUGGCCAGAGCACCUGAAUGACUGGCUGACCACUUUCUGAGGCAACGAUGAGGGAGGGGCACAUUUGGGAUAAAGAAGGAAAAUCAAGAAUUUGCUUUAGGCAUGUCAAAAAUAGAUUAGCUGGAGAAUAAAACAGGCAGUUGUUCAUAAAAGUCUAGAUAGAACAGGGUGGGAGAGAUAAACAUCUGGGAGUUGUUGGUGGGGCUUAAAGUUAUGAGGCUGUAGGAGAUCUUGUGUCAGGGUUCUCCAAGACCAGCCUCAGGCUCGAUGAUUUGCUAGACGGAUUCACAGGACCCAAGAAGUUGUUAUACUCAUGGUUGUGGUUUAUUAUAGCAAAAAGAGAGAGAAUAAAGUCAGCAAAGGGAAAGGUGCAUGGGGUGAAGUCUGGAGGACACUACACGCAAACUUCCAGUGUCCUUUCUCAGGGUCACUGGAGAAUUCCCCAGCAAUGAUGUAUGACAACACUUGUGAAGGGUUGCUAACCUGGGAAGCUCACCCUGAACCUGAGUGUUCAGGGUUUUUAUAGGAGGUCUAAGACUGACCUGUCACCAAAGCUCCAGACCCCUAUAGAAGAAAAGUUGGUGUUCACCAUAGAGCACGUUGUUUGUAUAAACUAUGGACAAGCUGGUACAGCAUGGCUCAAGGCCUCAGGCCUGCAAAAACCCAUUAUCAGAUAGAACAUUACAAGAGCUCAGUUCCUAGAAGCCAACCAAGAGCUAGUCAUGGAAAUAGGCCCUUCUUGGGUUUGAAUACCCUAGGCCUGUUGAGUUAACCCUUUCCCCUACAGAUUGCAAAGAAAGUGGAUAAAGACAGAGAAGAGUAGGGGCUAAUAACUAAGCCCUGGGUCCCUCCAAUGUUUAUAGUUUGAGAAGAGGCUUGAGCAAAGGAAAAGGGCUUUUUUUUUCUCCCCACUGCCACAAACCUGCCACCCCCCAGUAUCCCAGGGACAGGUUAUACUCCCCCUCUAGUGACUCUUGCCUUUAUCAUCCAGCAUUUAGAGCAAAUGGAUUCAUGACCUCCUUGUUUCUCAGUAUGUGUUGUGUCCUCACCCAAAUCCUGGCCAAUAGAACCUCAAUAUGAAACUUGGCUGAUAGAGAAACCUCUGGGUUCGAUGAGCAUCUCCCUAGAAUGAGUUCCUGUUCCUCAGUAGUAGCUGUUCUGAAGUCUCUGUAACAUUCAGGUUAGGUCAGGAUUUGGGUGCUCCUGGAAGUAAAACUUACCAUCUUGUUCAUUUUGAAAGAAGAAGAAAAGAAGAGCAAGCAAAAGCUGAAGUCAGCUUUAAAUCAUAUAUUACUAAUGCAUUAAUGUCUGAAUAUCUUAAAUUUUUUUAAAAAAAUGGAAAAAUACAGAAAAAAGGGGAAGAUGAGCUCAUGGUCAAAGCAUCCCAUCAUGAUUUUCUCAUAUUUGCAUACUGAAUCUGUAGAUCAUUCUGCAAUAUUUGACAUCUUUACAACACAGCUUGUAGUAUGGUGAUUCUAUGUCUUUUAUGUCU